AUGUCUGAACGAUAUUCGUUGCGGCAAACGCCCAAGAAGACUGAACAUCUGGGUCUUGUCCAGACUCCAGGGACGCGAAGAUCAUCUCGUCGCCGGGCUCCAAUAUCCGACUCGGACGAAGCGAACGACUCUUCAUCUGCGGCAGAUACCUCCUUUAGGUCAUCCGGCAGCGCUGCUGAAAAGGUGUCGCCGAAUGUGUCAGCGACGAAUGGUGCAUCCGUUGAAGGGCAUACUGGCAACGGACAUGCAAAUGGCAAGGUGAACGGCACGGCCAAUGGUUCUGCAAAGACCAACGGAACCGCGCCUAAAGCGCCCAAAGACCGCGUGGUCGAUGGUUGGGAGCCAGGGAAGGAUCCAAAGAUCGACUAUUCACCGCAUUUCGACUUCGGAGGCUCCUGGGGAGUCGGUACCAUGAUGAUUGCAUUUCCUUUGCUCAUGUAUUACAUGUGGAUUGGUGCAACAUUCUACGACGGCAAGUUCCCAACGCCAGAUCCUGGAAUGAGCAUUGCCGACUUCCUCCAACAUCUGGGAAAUAUAAUUUACGAACAUGCUUUCCCUUCGGUGCGUGCCUGGACCAUCUACUGGACCUUCUUUAUAUUUGAGGGUGCCGCUUAUUGCAUUCUCCCUGGAGUAUAUACGUAUGGGAAACCGCUGCCCUGGGCAGGUGGCAAGCAGAUGAAGUACUUCUGCAAUGGAGUCUGGGCCUUCUACACCACCAUCGUCCUGGCAGCGACACUGCACUACUUCAAUAUCUUCAAGCUAUAUACCAUCAUCGAUCUAUUCGGGCCUCUAUUGUCUGUAGCAAUCUGCUCUGGGUUUAUAGUAUCCAUCAUUGCCUAUUUUUCCGCGAUCGCCCGAGGAGCCCAGCAUCGUAUGACGGGGUAUUUCGUCUAUGAUUUCUUCAUGGGCGCUGAGUUGAAUCCUCGUAUGUUCGGUAUUCUAGAUUUCAAGAUGUUCUUCGAGGUUCGCCUCCCAUGGUUCAUCCUCUUCGGUCUGUCUUGUGGGACUGCUGCUCGACAGUAUGAGCAAUAUGGAUAUAUUUCCCCUCAAGUUUGGUUCUUGGUCAUGGCGCAUUUCCUAUAUGUCAAUGCUUGUGCGAAGGGCGAAGAACUCAUCGUCACAACCUGGGAUAUGUACUACGAAAAAUGGGGCUUCAUGCUGAUUUUCUGGAACUUGGCUGGCGUUCCUCUCAGCUACUGCCACUGCACUCUCUAUCUUGCAAACCAUGACCCAGCCACCUACGCCUGGAACCCCUAUUUAAUGGCAGUGCUCUUCACCUCCUAUCUGUUCAUGUACUGGAUCUGGGAUACCACCAACUCACAGAAGAAUCGUUUCCGGAACCAAGAACGCGGACAGCUCCUCCAGCGCAAGUCAUUCCCCCAACUCCCAUGGCAAACCGUCAAGAACCCCCGCACCAUCAAAACCAAGACGGGAGACUCGAUCCUCGCUGAUGGGUGGUACGGAUAUGCUCGCAAAAUCCACUAUACCUGUGAUCUGUUCUUUGCCAUUUCCUGGGGACUGGUUACCGGAUUUAAUAGCCCCUUCCCAUGGUUUUAUUCUGUAUUCUUUGCUGGUAUGAUUAUCCAUCGCGCUUAUAGGGAUAUUCAGAGAUGCAAGCUUAAGUAUGGGGAGAGCUGGGACGAGUAUGAGCGGUUGGUGCCAUAUCUGUUUAUUCCUGUACGUAUCCCCCAUUCCCCAUGCAUUCCCCUCCGCUAG